AUGGAGCAACUACCGUCAGCAGAGGAACUUAAGACUCUAGCUCUCGAGUACCUCUCAAAGGCUGAGACCUCCCUUUGGAAUGUGCUUCCCCCUGUAGUGCAAGAAUCCCCUGUAUUUCUCGAUAUAAGCCGAGCUCUUAAUGUUCGCGUCGAGACAGCUCUGUUGCUGUCGACGAUCGGCGUCCUACUGGCCUCUCUUAUAUUUCUCCUAGUGCGGGAUGGGUCAACCCACGGCGGCACAGUGACGUCUAUGGCAGUCAACGAUGACAAGUUCCCCCUGCACGCCGAGCUGAGCAAGAACCCCAGGGCCCGUCCAGUGCAUCUCGUGGACCUGCCUGGUCAUCCACGCCUGCGCUCCCUGGGGGCUCCUUUCCUCUCCCGCGCCUGUGGGAUCGUGUUCCUGGUGGAUGCCCUUGAUUUCACUCUCAACAUCGACCUAACGCAGAGUAGGUAUCUGUAUGAGCUGCUCUCAUCUGCUGCUGUGCAACGGAGGCGGGUGCCGUUGCUGCUGGCAUGCAACAAGAUGGAGAAGGUGACCGCACACUCGGUGGAGUUCAUCCGGAAGCAACUUGAAAAGGAAAUUGAGAAGCUGCGCUCGUCACGCCAUUCCAUGGCAUCUGUUGGCUCCAGCAAGGACGGAGGGUCACAAGGGCUUGUUUUGAAAAGCACCGGAGGCGUUUUCCGGUUCGCUGACUGCGUCAACCCAGUGACAUUUGCUGAGUGUUCCGUGGCUAGUGAUAAUCUGAAUGAUGUUGAGACCUUCAUUCGUGACCUUGUCAGGCCUUAA